AUGGUGGCUGAAAUAGAUAGAAAUAUUCAUAGAAUAGCUAUUGUAAGAUACCCUUGGCCUAGAAAUGUCCCAGAAAAGUGGCCAUGCCUAGUUAGAUCCCUAGAGGGGUAUAAACCAUGUAUUGUUUUAAGGGUGAUCUAUUGGAAGGCCCCCAAUGCAGGAUUCUACAAGUCUAACACAAAUGGAGCUUCUAAAGGAAACCCAGGCCCUAGUGUUGGUGGUUUCUAUUUUAGGGAUUGGAAAGGUGAUUUCAUAUUUGUUGCAUCUCAUUUUUUGGGAGUAAAAACUAUCCUUGAAGCAGAGGCUAUGGCAUUGCAAAAAGGGCUUCUCUACUAUUUAGAAAAUCAAUUGAUUCCUGUUAGUAUGGAGAUUGACUCUCAUAUUCUAUCAAAGAUUUUUGAAGGAUCAUGGGAUGUCCCUUGGUGCAUUUGUCCUCUCAUUACGAAGAUUAGGUGGUUGAUGAGGAAUGAACAUGUGGAGGUGAAGCAUGUGUUGACGGAGGGAAUAAAAGAUAAAGUAUUUGAAUCAUUUCAGGAGGUCCUAAGAGAGGGGAAAGCACGGCUAAUUUUAGAUGCACAUCAAGUUUCUAAAGUCCAAAACAAAUUAUUUGUCUUGUAUGGUAAUAAAGGGGUAAAAACUCAUGUUGUUACAAAGAAAGUAAGAUAA